AUGGCAAUUGAUUUACGGGGCGGGAAGUUUUUUGCCAAGUCCGGAGGCAAGGACGCUAUGGGCACGUUACCCGUGAUGGGGGACCUACAGACAAUUCUAGAUAAUGAGCUGAAAAAAUCUCGUCAGCUUCAGGAACAACUGGACAGGCUUCGAGCGGAAAACUACAAGCAGGCAAAUGAGUUGUUGAAGCUAAAGGGAACUCUAAGAGAGAAAAUGGUUGCGGAUUCUACUAACAUGAUGACCCCGAAUAUCAAAGCCCAGGUCCAAGUGCUUAUUCGAACCCCAGCCCCACAUCAGACCAGUGGCAAACCUCUAUUGACCCCUAGCGUGAAGAAAUCCCAUCAGGCACUUGCAUUGUCAUCUGCUCCAACGCCACAGCGGAUUCAGCACAAGAUUCCGCACCGGUUUGUGACUGGGCUGAAUACAAGAGCCACCAAGUGUGGUGUGUGCCUGGGUAGUGUCCCCUUUGUGAAACAGGCAUCCAAAUGUCAAGAAUGUUCCAUGGUAUGCCAUGUGAAGUGUUCUAACAUUGCCCAGCCAACGUGCGGCCUCCCCACGGAGUAUGUCCGCCAUUUCACCUCCAUGAUGGAUAAGGGGCCAGCCCUGUUGCCUAGCAACACUGUGGGAUCCCCUGUGGAAGGGGGCGAAGAGGGGAUUUCAAUGACUGGCUGGCUCAAGGUACCAAGGAGCAGUAAGCAGCCUGGGUGGGAAAGACGCUAUGCCAAAAUGGAAGGCAACAUACUUCUCCUCUUCUACGAGGAUAACGACGCCAAUCCAUGCGACACAUUUGACCUUGUCCCCCCUGAGACAGAUGUUACUGUACACAGCGCAGUCAGUGCUGCAGAGUUGCCGAGUCUAGCAAAUAGUGACCUGCCAUACGUGUUUAGAUUGGAGCAUGAGCCAUUGACGACAUGUUGGCCGGGCAGGGUUCUUUAUCUUAUGGCCCCGGGAUUCCCUGAGAAACAACAGUGGGUGGCGAGCUUGGAGGCCGCCAUCAAACACCUCCAGAAGGGGGACAAAGUUAAACGCUCAAAGAUGGAGAUGACCACAUUACUGGACCUGAGCGGAGAUCAGAGACCGGAACUCAACUGUUCACUGCUCCUUAGCAAGCAGUUGACGUUACUUGGAGCAGAUGAGGGCCUGUUUGCGGUGAAUGUAACACGUGAUCCUCCUGUUCUCACAAAACUGAACACCUUCGAGAGCGUCCACCACCUUAAGUUUAUUCCUCAACUUAGCCUUAUUGUCCUUAUUAUGGGCAAAGAUCGACGUAUUCUCACAAUUGACAAGAAGCUCAUUCAGUUACGCCUGGGGCAGUCAAGCGGGGAGGAGACCCAGCCUGUCCACCAUAAUGUUGUCAGUGAUGUGGUCGGGUGCACGGUGUUUGACGUUGGGAUGUGUGGGGACGCGGUGUACAUGGUGGUCGGCAUGACGGAGAAGAUCCUAGUCAUGAAGUAUAACCCUGAGCUGAGGCAGUUUUGUGUUAGGAAGGAGUUAUCCUCAAUGGAGCCAUGCAGCUGUGUAAUCGUCGUGGAGGGCUUUGCCAUCAUUGGUACUGACCGAUUCUACAAGAUCAAUCUGGAUCAUCCCAGUUUGCUGGAGUUUGUGGACAAGAAGGACAGCUCCCUGGCAUUUGCUGCAUUUGGAGCGGCCACCCAUCACAGCUACCCUCUGGCUGUGGUGCAAGUUUCACCUGAAGGCCUGCCAUUAGAGUUUCUGCUCUGUUUCCAUGAGUUUGGUGUGUAUGUGGACAACAAGGGAAGAAGAAGCCGUCCCGCCGACAUGAAGUGGAGCUGUCUACCUCUUUCUCUAGCUUACAAAGAGCCAUUCCUGUAUGUGACAUAUUUCACCAGUGUCCAAGCCAUCACUGUCCCAGCCAACCUUGUGGGACCUCGAUACCUGGGCGUGGCUCUGAAACCCUGCACGGUAUUUGUGGGUUCGAGUAACGGGGUGACCACCCAAAUGCUCAGUCUACGGGGCAAGGACGGGACCAUAGAACUUCCUAUGGGCAAAGAGAAUAGAUUAGGUAUACGAUCGGCCAAGAAAGGUGACAGUUCGAAGAGCCAAACCUACAACGUUAACAAGUACAAGUCUCCUCGUCUGUGUCGACGCCUGUCCCUCACCUCCAUCGAUAGUAACAGCAGUGUUUCCUCAUCAUCCACGGUGUCCAGCUAUAGCAGUGUUCAGACUGAACUUUAG